AUGUCUCGCUUUACAAGUGAAGAUGAAGCUCAGUUACAGUCUAUGCUUAGACAGUUGCUACAGAGUGUGAAGGAAAAAAUCACUGGAGCCCCAUCAGUAGAGUGUGCAGAAGAGAUUCUCUUGCACUUGGAGGAAACAGAUGAGAAUUUUCACAACUAUGAGUUUGUGAAAUACCUUAGGAAAUAUAUAAAUAACACUGUGGGAUCUGUGAUUGAAGAAGAAACAGAAAAAUAUAUUUCUGCUCAAAGUCAGGGUGAAGUAUCUGGCUAUGACACGCUUGUCCAACAUGUUGCUAAGAAGACCCGUGAAUCAAAAGAAUACAGAGAAAUGAUGCAUGCCUUGAAGAAUGUCAUGAUGGUUGUGGUAGAAUCUUUGAUUAAUAAGUUUGAAGAAGAUCAGAUGCAUAAUAAGGAGCUGGAUAGUAAGACAAAGAAAGAACGUCGGAGUGGCUAUUACACAGACAACUGUUCCGACAGUGACUCCUCAUUCAACCAAAGUUACACGUUCAUGAGUCAAGAACAAUUGCAGCUGCUUGUAGAAAGGCUUGACCCUAUUCAGCCUAUGGAAGUUCGCCAAGAAGCAUUGCAGACACUGUGCUUUGCCCCUCCCUCUGAUAUAUUGAACUCUGAGACUUGGCCAAAUCUGCGUAAGCAUCUAACGAUGUCUCUAUCAGAUCCUGAUGCUGCAUUCAGUGAGAAAAUUCUUAGGUUCUAUGCAAAAGCCUUUUCUUCUUCUCCAUUUAAUAUGACAAGAGAUGUCUAUACAAGUUUAGCAAGACAUUUGGAGUUGUACUUUCUUUCUGGAGAAUAUUCUCUUUGUGUUUCAGCUGGUCUGGAUGUAUCUAACACAGAUAUAGAUCGUUUACUUAAAAAGGUCCGCCUUUUAAAUGAGUACCAAAAGGAAGCUCCGUCGUCUUGGAUUCGGCAUCCCGAAAAGUACAUGGAAGAAGUAGUAGAGAGUACUUUCUCACUUUUGUCAGUAAACCACGAGCCUAAUCAUCCUGCCUCUCCAGAUUUUUUGAGUCCAGUCUACUUCUUGGCUUUGCUAGAUAUCAAAGCAGUAUGGUUUAAAAAGUGGACGCAUGCGUAUUACAGCAGAGCAGUGGUACUUAGGCUUUUGGAAAAGAAAUACAAAUCUUUGAUUAAUGCAGCUGUCCAGCAAUGCCUUGAUUAUUUUGAAUCUUGCAAGACAGGAGUUAAUAAAAAUUCCAGUGCCCAUGACUUCUCCCAGCAGCACCGUAGUGAAGAGCAGAGCUUUUCUUACACUGGACAAGAAUUGCAGUAUGUCUAUUUUGUUCAUUCACUGUGUCUUUUAGGAAGACUGUUGAUCUAUAAGCAAGGCCAAAACCUCUUUCCAGUACAGCUGAAAAAUAAAAAAGAUCGUGUAUCCAUAACUGAUCUCUUGGUGUUAUUUACUGAGCUUAUUUAUUACUCUCCAAGUUACCCAAAGACAGCUUUGGCAGCGCAUACAGACAAUUAUUCUGCAGCAAGUCUUGUUAUGGAGAUUCUGCAAGUUUUUUGUGAUCAGACAGGAUGUGCUGCUGAAUGUUUAUAUACAGAUGCAGUGAUAGAUGCCCUGCUUCAUCCUGUUCAAAGUUUACUGAGUGGCACACAGGUGUAUAUGAAUUGUCUUGAAACCACUUUAAUUGAUGUAGCUGAUAUUUUGGCAAGGAUUGCUGCUGUAGGUGAUGGUCUUUCUUUUCUUCUUCAUGGAGAAAACGAAAAAACUGCUAAAGAAGAUAGUCCUACAGCUGUUCAUGUUAUUGUUCAGUUUACAAAGAAACUUCUUCAUGACGACAUUUCUCUUUUAUCUGGAUCCGAGCUUUUGCCAGUUGUUAAAGGAGCUUUCAUUUUUGUAUGUCGUCAGAUGUACAGAACUUGUGAAGGCCUGCAGAUGCUAAUUCCUUAUGGCUUGCAUGAAUCUAUGGGAGAGGCCUGGAAAAAGGUAAAUCUUGUNUCAGAAAGAGUACCUACUCCUGUAACUGGUGUGGACUCAGCUUCAUCAAUAAAUCUAGAGUCAAAAACCACUUUGUUAUGGGAGGAGACUUUGUUAGAUGCCUUGGUAAAUUUUUCUGCCACACCCAAAGGACUAUUUCUGCUUCAUAGCACAGGUGCCAUGAAUGACUGUGUGAACUUUAUGUUUAGCAGUUUAUCAAAGAAACUCCAGACAAAUGAAUAUGAAGAGUUUGGUAAUAAAGUGAUUGUUACACAAAUGGCAACAACACCGUCAGGUGCAGUAGCUCUUCAGAGUUCAGGCUUUAUAAAGGCACUUGUAACUGAAUUAUGGGCUCUUCUGGAGUGUGGAAAAGAUGAUUUGAGGAUAACCCAACCCAAAUCUACUCCCACUGACCCUAUUGACCAAAGCUGUCAGAAGUCUUUUCUGUCUCUGAUAAACUUGCUCACUUACCCUGCAGUUUUUGAGCUCCUGAGUAAACAAGAUAUACCAAAUAAGCCAAUGUAUUCAUUCCGUGAAGUACCUACAGAUAUUAUUGAUAUCAUUGACAGGCUUAUAAUUUUGAACUCAGAAGCUAAAAUUCAUUCCUUAUUCAGUUAUGAACAGUCACAUAUCUUUGGGCUGAGGUUGUUAAAUGUGCUGUGCUGUGAGCUCAAUACCCUUUUACUCUUGGAGAGUCAGUAUAAAGUGUCACAAGUUUUACUAACAGCUCAGGAGGAAAAUGUCAUAGAAACUUCAGAAGGACCAGGAGAUUUUAUAAUCGAUGGUCUAUCAGUGGAGAGAAACCAUGUUCUUGUAAGGAUAAAUCUGAUUGGAGGACCACAGGAAAGGAUCUUGCCUUUGAGAGUACUAGAUAAGGGUAGUAAUUCAUAUCCUUGGCCAAUGUUUUCAUCGCUCCCUUUGCCAAAGUGCUAUCUUGCAGAAAUCCCUAGGAAAGCUGCAUUCAGACAAGACUUCAAGAUUAACCUUUUGGCUCGCCUUAG